AUGUCGACGCUUGAGAUUCCGACGACGCCGCAGAUUUAUUACCCGAUUCUGGGGUACGUCAAGGCUGAGCUGAUCAUCAAUUGCAUCAUUGUCUUUAUCGUGCUAUGUGUUGUUUCUCUGAGAGUCGUUGGUCGGUCCAUGGGGCCUGGCAUUGGGUGGGAUGAUGCCUUUGUCAUUUUUGCAACGCCACUGGGCGUAGCAAUGUUGUGCUGUCAAGGAGUUUUUGCUCCUGUUGGAAACGGGUACAACUUGGCCAAACACCCGGAACUCGCUGCAAACAUUCCCUUCAUCCUCAAGUUGACAUUCAGCAUGCAAAUCGUCUAUGUCACCCUCCUCGCCUCGGUCAAGUCAAGCAUGCUCUGCUUCUUCAUCCGCGUCUUCCCCACGCCCUUUAUGCAAAAAGCAUCUCGAGUCGCUCUGGUCUUUGUGUUUAUGUGGAUGGUUUCCUACCUCGCUUCAUGCAUCUUCCUAUGCAACCCAGUCUCGGCGCAGUGGACCGGUCAGGGGAAGUGCGGUGCAUACAUUCCCAUGAUUCAAUCGCUGAUUGCUACGAAUGCUAUCGGCGACUUGAUCAUUAUGGCCAUGCCAAUGCAUAGUAUUUGGAACUUGCAGACCCGUCGGGCAGACAAGAUUGGUAUCACGUCUUGUUUCGCUCUUGGUCUGGCCUGCGUCGUGUGCGCCGUCUUCCGACUUAUCUACAUCUCGACCGUCGACCUCAACAGCAACGUAACUGGAACCAUGCCCACGACAAUCUUCCUCUUCAUCCUCGAACCCAACCUAGCGAUCCUCUGCGUCAGCAUUCCAAUGCUCCGACCGUUCUACGCCAAAUACAAGAAGCGAAUGGGAGGGUCUCGACUGACCGAGUACUCGGAUGAGAGAAGCACGGGAUUCAAGGACCAAAGCAGGACUGGGGGGAGCAAGUCAGGCACUGUUGUUAGGGACCCCAACCUUUCACAGUGGGAGAUGGAAGACUACAGACCUGCCGAGGGCGUCCAGCGCGAUUAUGCCGUCAAUGGCUUCCCUGAUGAGGCUGGCUCUGAGAAGAACUUGACUGCUUCUUCACACGGGCGAAACGACGAGAUCAAGGUUGAGACGAGGUGGACAGUCACCCAUCACUAG